UGUAAUAUCAAGAUAAUAAAAUAAUAACAAAAACUAAAUGUUUCCUGUGGAGUCAGAAACAUAUCACGUUAAUAAUAUCCGUCAACUUUAAUAAUUUUGAAAAAGCGCUCCUAAGUUUUCAGAUAAAACAAUUAAUAAAACGGCAACUUGGUAAUCUCACGACACCGACCGCAUGUGUUUCACAUAAGAAAAAAUAAAUAGAUAAAAUGGCCCGGAAAAAAAACAUAAAAAAGAAACUUGAAAUAGUUUUUGAUCCUCAAAAAAGAAAAGAAUUUCUUAUAGGCUUCCGAAAACGAAAAAAUGAAAGGCGUAAACGAGCUAAAGAACAGAUUGAACGUUGCCUUAAGGAGGAACGCAAACGUAUACGGCAAGAGAUCAAGGAAGGAUUUACGAAUUUGAAAAAGACUUUUGAACCCUUACGGGAGUUGACGGGAGAAGAUAAAAUCAUUGAAAAUGACGAAUACGAAGAUAAUGACGUUCAUGUGAAAAUUACUGAAUUAACUACUAGUGAUAUGGCAGCCCAACGCCACAUGUUAGGUGAAAAUCAAGGUCGUGAUAGCGAAGAAAGUGCUGAAGAAGAGAAUAGCGAAAAUGACAACGAUAUUGAUGCAAACGUUGUACCUGGCAUGGAUUAUGAUAUCAAUGUUAAAGAAAAGGAAACUAAAAAAACAACAAAGAGGGAAUCCGAAGAUGUGCCUAAGAAGAACGUAAAAAUGUUCAAUCAAAACAUAGAUCUGAAAAAUAAAAGGGAUUUGGAUCGUUUGAAGAAGAAAAACUCUUUAAAGCAACUUAAGAAAAGUAAAGCCUUUAAAUUGAAAGAACGCCUUGAUAAAAAAAUUAAUCAGAAAAUCGCUCGAAAAGAAAGAAAUAAUACAUUGAGAAGUCUGCCGAAGCACUUAAGGAAAAAGAAGAAGCUAGAAAGUGCAUCCUAUUGCAAAGGGCGCUUGGUUAGUCAGAAACACCUAAAAAGGAAAUCCGAACGGUGAAUUUUUAUAUUAAAGAAAGUAAAGUCAUAUUACAAAAAGUAAUGUAAAGUCACAUUAAAGAAAUUAAGUACGUAAGAAACGCACUGCUCAUUCCUUUUAGUUGAGAAAUUUGCUUCAAGUAGAAGUUAUUGAAUUCUUUUGAUUAUAUCAGAAGCAGAAUUGGCUUCCAGUUCUCACAAUGCAUUUUAUUAUCUUGUAUCUGUUUAACUUCUUUUGCUGCCUAUUACAUCAAAUAAAAAGUGAAAACAUUUUCUUAACUCUU